CACUACCAAAAUGGAGUGGACCUGGAGCAGAUGGAGGAAUAUAAAGGGAGGACAGAACUGCUCAGGAACGGUCUCUCUGAUGGAAACCUGGAUUUGCGCAUCACUGCCCUGAGCUCCUCUGAUAGUGGCUCAUACAGCUGCGCUGUGCAAGAUUUUGAUGACUAUGCAGAAGCUGUGGUGAACUUGGAGGUGUCAGAUCCCUUUUCCCACACUGUCCAUCCCUGGAAGGUGUCUCUGGCUGUGGUCCUCACACUUCUGCUUGGGUCAUUUGUCAUCAUUGUUUUUCUCUACAGAAAGCAAGCGGCACAGCGCAGAGAGCUGAGUGAGUCCAUGCAGCCCCUUCCACCACCAAAGUCCCUUGAAUGGAACUGAUAGAAGACUGCAGAGUGCUGGGUUUAUGCGAUGGGUUGGGGCCAUGGGAUCUUUGGGGCCUUGAGAUGUGUUGGGGCAAUGGGAUGUACUGGGGUUGUUGGAUGUGUCGUUCCUGAAUGAUCCACUUGCAAAACUCUUCCCCAAUCCAUUCCUUCCUAUUGGAUUAAUUCCUUUUUGCGGCCAAAGUGGUCAUUGGUCACUUAGCAGAACAAAAUGAUUUGGGGUCUGGGCAUGGUAGCAGCCCUGGGUUGAGAAGCUGUUCCCUCUGACCAUGCAUUUCCUUUGCUUCUAUUUUGCAGAGAGAAAAGAUGCAGAUUUGGGUAAGUCUCCAUCCCCAGUCUGAGGGAAUUCAGGGUCUCCCAUGGCAUUGCUGUGGGAUGAGCAGCUGUCCCCUCUGACCAUGCACUGCUCUUCUCCUUCUUUUCCAGUGGAACAAGCUGAAACACUAGGUGAGUUUUCUUCCCCAAACCGAGGAAUUUUGGGUCUUCCCAUGGGAAACUGUUCCCUCCGAUCAUCCAUUGCUGUUGUGUUUGCUUUUGCCUUCAUAUUAGUAAAAUUCCUUUUUGGGACCAAAGCAGUCCCUUGCCACUUACCAGAACAAAAAGAGUUGUGUCUGGGCAUGGGAGCAGCCAUGGGAUGGGAAGGUGUUCCCUCUGAUUCUGCAUUACCUUUGCUUCUAUUUUGCAGAGAGAAAAAAUGAAAUGCUGAGUAAGUCUGCCUCCCUAAAAUGAAGGAAAUUGUGGUCUGGCAUCAGGAUGAGAAGCUGUAACUUCUCUU